AUGGGCCGGUUGGAGGGGCAAGGCUGCUGGGCCUCGGGCGCGCGGCCGAGGCCGGCCCAGGAGGCGUCGUCCUCCUCCCCGAUCCCGCUGGGGUCGCCGGCUGGGGUCGCCGGCGGCGGCUUCGGUGGUGGAUGGAGGGGCGGCGAGGAUCUGGGGGUGGCGCGAAGGCGGCGGGGCUCGGGGUCGAGCGGGAGCUCGGGUCCCUGGCGGAGCGCUCGCGUGCAGGAGCGGUGGCAGCGAGCGGGUUGGCUCGGCCCGGUUCAGGCCCGGCGCGGGCUCGCGAUGGGCCUGGAGGGUUGCGGCGGCGGGGGAGCUGCGGGAGGCGACGUGGCGGCGUCUGGUUGGUGGAUGGCGGCGGCUGGUGGCGGCGCGGCGAAUCGGAGCGUGCCAAGUGGCGGGGACGUGGUGGCCGGCGGGAAAACGGAGGGGAGCGGCGGCGCUGAUAAUUGGGCGGCGCGGAAACUGAGGAGGAGGAUGGCUGCUGCCCAAAAUGGCAAGGGGAGGUGUUUAAAUAGGAAAAGGGGGUAG